UGCGCGCCCAGUCGCUCCCGCGCGCCCUCCCGGGUGGGGCCCGAAGCCGCAGGAGCCGGAGGAGGCGCCGCGCGCGCAGGGUCGGUUCCGCGCCCACGCGGCUCCCGGCUCUCCCGCUGGCCCUCCGACUUCGCAGGGCUUCGCGGGGCGGGGGGUGCCAUCUGGCUGCCGGAGCGAGCCUUUCUGGCCAGGGAGACCGCGUUCUUUCGGACGCGCCUCUGCCGGGGAGGUGCCUCACGCCGCGCACAAACCGUAGGGCGGGGAGGGGCCCGCUGCGCCCGGGGAGAGCAGCGCUGGCGGCGCUGGGACGCCGGAAGGGCCCCUGCCCCUCGGGGUUUGGGAUUCCGGGCCUCCCGAGCCUGUUGACUGUCAGAGACGGAAGGGCCUUCGGUGAUCCUGCCCUAUUUCCACCCCUGCCCCUUACGCCAGACUGGGGAUAUGGACGCUCAGAGGGCGCAUGAUCUAGCAGAAAGAUGGCUGCCAAUGGCUAUUUUAUUUUUCUUUCUGUGGCAAGAUUGUCAUGGAGCCUGGAUAUUUCAGGGAAUCCAGUUACCAAAAUGACUCCAGAAGAAAGAACCUAACAGACCAGUAACAAUGGAAGAAAUCGAGAAAGUUACCAAAAAGCUACCAUCCCCCAAAACACCAGGCUCAGCUGUUACAGGUUAAAAAUAUCCUUCAUGAAGAAGAAAGAUCUUAAGCAACAUGGUGGAUUCAGAAGCUCAUGAAAAGAGGCCGCCCAUCCUGACAUCUUCCAAACAAGACCUGUCACCUCACAUUGCAAAUGUAGGUGAAAUGAAGCAUUAUCUGUGCGGCUGCUGUGCAGCUUUCAACAAUGUAGCAAUCACAUUUCCCAUUCAGAAGGUGCUCUUUCGGCAGCAGCUGUACGGAAUCAAAACCCGGGACGCAGUGCUUCAGCUGAGGAGGGAUGGCUUUCGAAACUUAUACCGCGGAAUCCUUCCCCCACUGUUGCAGAAGACCACCACGCUGGCGCUUAUGUUCGGUCUGUAUGAGGACUUAUCCUGUCUUCUCCGGAAGCACAUCAGUCCCCCUGAGUUUGCAACCCGUAGUGUGGCAGCGGUACUUGCAGGGACAACAGAAGCAAUUUUUACUCCCUUGGAAAGAGUUCAGACAUUGCUUCAAGACCACAGGCAUCAUGACAAAUUUACAAACACUUACCAGGCUUUCAAGGCACUCAGAUGCCAUGGAAUAAGAGAAUAUUAUCGAGGCUUGGUACCUGUUCUUUUCCGUAAUGGAUUCAGCAAUGUCCUUUUCUUUGGCCUUCGUGGCCCCAUUAAGGAGCAUCUGCCUACCGCAACCACCCACAGCGCUCAUUUGGUCAAUGAUUUUAUCUGUGGAGGUCUGUUGGGUGCCAUGUUGGGAAUCUUGUUUUUUCCAGUUAAUGUUGUAAAAACUCGCAUGCAGUCUCAGAUUGGUGGAGAGUUUCAGUCUUCUCCCAAGGUGUUCCAAAAAAUCUGGCUAGAACGAGACAGAAAGCUGACAAAUCUUUUCAGAGGUGCUCACCUGAAUUACCAUCGGUCCCUCAUCUCUUGGGGUAUAAUCAAUGCGACUUAUGAGUUCUUGUUAAAGAUGAUUUGAAAGAAACCAGUUAAGUGCCAUUUAUUAACUGCAUAGACCUAAGAAGAAUGUAGUUUGGCUUUGUUCCUAAUUGACCAAAUACAGGUUGUUGUCGUAAGUUCAGGGCACAAUGAAUUAUGGGGCAGAGCUGUUUUCCUUCAGCACCAACAAAUUCAGAAUAAAAGGUUCUAAUAGGAAAAUUUAAGGGGUUUUUGGUUUUGUUUUGUAAUCAUUAUCUAAGAACUUUAGGCUAAUUGCCUGGUUAAUAGCUAUCUAUCUGAUGGCUUUUGACAAGGAAAGCUAAUAGCCAAGAUAUGGUUCUUUUCUCCAAAAGUCUUUAAACCUUCUGUAUUGAAACAUCAGUGGCCAUGACCAGCCAGAGAAAAGGCUCUUAGAGCCCUGUGAAUUCUCAGGCUUUCUUCUCUGCUUUUAGGAGUUGCAAAGGGUAGUAUUCGUUAAACAUAAGCAUAUAACAUGGUAGGACAGAGAAGAGAAAAACAGCUUAUUAGAUGCAGGCUUUUCAUGAUAAAUCGCUUGUGUUAGUUUUGAAACUAAGUACAUGUUGGGAUGGUCAUCAUCCAGACUAUUCAGACACAGUAGGGCAGACCCAAGCAGCAGGUGAAAGCUCCCGUUUUGCUUUCUGAGUUGGAAAGUGUUGUUUAGUUCUGAAUGUGACCUUAAACCCUUCGAAUGCCCUUAUGUUAAUUUCACUUAUUUCAUUGCCAAAAGAUGGGGAGACUUACAUUUCGUCACAGCUGUUUGAUCCUGUGAAGAAAUUUCACAUGAAUUGCGUAUGGAUCAAACUCUGGUUAGUUUAGUUCUUUGAUUAAUUGUUGCCAACUUAGUGAAGAGCUGUGGGAGUUUGGGGAAUAUUUUCACUUUGAGUCCUAGUUUCUCAUAUUCAAGUAUCCUGUUCUCUUGAACUCUCCUUAAAAAAAAAAAAAAAAAAAAAGAUAAAUACUUGCAUAAUAUUGAAUUUUGGAAGUCUGUUAAUGGGACUCUAGAUUUUUCCCUCCUGGUUUCUAAGUGUUACAGAAGAGAAAGAAAAAAAACCCUCAGGAUAGCUUUCACCCCAGAGUGUUAGUUGUCUUUUUUAUUUUACUCUUGGAAAUGGAGACUUCUAUUAGGAUUUUUACAUUUUGGGAACCCAGUUUUACCAUUUUAUCAUUAAAGCCAUUUGAGGUGAUAAAAUCUAAAUCAAGAUAUUUAGAAGGUUCAUUUUAAAUGCUAGAAGUUGGUAAUAGCUGGGUAGCAUACUCAUCCCCUACAUAACAGAGAAAAACUUGUUGAAGGAAUCAGAUUUUAAAAUCUUAUGCCCUGAUCAGUAAGGCAAAAUGCCUCCUAUUUACCAAUUGAAUAACUAGUAAAACCUGAAACAUCCUAGAAAAGUGGUUUAUCAAUCUUUUAAAAAUCCCCAUCUGUAAAUAUGUAGUUAAGAUUGCUUGCCAGCAUCUGACAUGGCAGAGUAGUUAAGUUUCUUAUUACCAGUUUUUCCUCAUUCUGGGUAACUGCAUAUGAAUAUGUGCAUACACUGACCAAAACAAAAUCAGGGUCUCAGCUGGUAGUUUACUCAGUUUCUGGGCAGAUAGUCCAAAAGAGAUGUUUACCUCUAAAUGCAAUAUGGCUGGUCACAUAAGCAUCCUUCCAACCUUAAAGGAUUGGGAAGCAUUAUCAAGCAUUUGCCAGGCAGUAAUGAGGCCCAGUAGCUUUCCAACAGCCCUGUUUGGAAAUGUUGUGUUGGAAAUGGCAGUUUACUUUGAAAACCAAGAUGCAGAUGUGAGGAUUUCAGAAAACAAGGAUUUGACACCGAAUAAACGUGAGUAGCAUCUUUGGCUUAUUGAAUGGAGUCUGGCUUUGUAGCGGGUUGGAUUUGGGGGCAUGAAUGACAAAGACACUGGUGCUGGAGCACUGAUGGGUGUGUGUAGGUGCUCAGCAUGUGGCAGGUGAGUCAGCCUGGGGCCAUGCUCUGGGAAUGGGCUUCUUUUUGUCUAUACACUCCAGUAAGGUGAUGGAUAACCAAGUUCUGAAGCACUUUUGUGAAAUAGAAGUGAAGUGAGAAUUUGAAAGGGGAUGCUUUGGUUUCUGCAGUCUCAAACUUGUGGCAUUUAAAAACAAUAAAUAUUUUUAAUGGUUUUAACUCCUAAUAUAUUUGGAUUUCUUUGUCACUUUUUACAGCUUCUGAAGACCAAACUGCAAAUACAUUACCAGGGAUGGUUUCGUGUUGUCCUAUAGACCUUUUAAAUUUGACAAAAUUCAGCAGAACUUGCUUGUGGUAGCCAACAGCUUUGUCUGAACUUUAAAAGAAGUCAAAGUGUUAUUAAUAAGAGAUUCUAACUAUUGCUUUUUUAUCUUCAGUAUGAACUAGUAAUAAUUUUGAAAAGGCAAACAUGAUUGAAUAACUAUCUGAAGAGCUUUAAAAGUGGCCUUUUUGUUACAUAGGUGGCACAGAUGCCUUAUGAGCACAGGGCCCUUCCGGUCCUGCCUCCCAUACUUCAGCUCUGAUGCCACCAGGAAUAUGUUACGGAUUCUGUAUUUAACACACUUAGGAGUGGUAUGAGCCCUUAGGACUGCAUCACAGAGGAAACGCCACCUUUAUAUGGUGACAGGUUUGUGUGUCUUUGUUUCAUUUGUGGUUGGAGACAGUUGAUGUUUUUGUCUCAAUAAUCAAUAUUCUUCUUACCUUAUGGUUGGUUAUGUAAUUACCUGCUGUAUAUUGUAAACUGUGCAAUAAAACAGAAUUGUGUAUAUAGAAUCAUCUUUGGAGACCUGAACUUUCCUAGCUCGAUGACAGGGGUAAUACUCCUCUAGUGCUGUGCAAACAUGUAAGGGAAUCGUGGGUGGCACACAGGAUGUGUGGAGCGGGUCAGCCGAUCACACUGCUGGAAAUGGCAGGUCAGUGCAGAUGAAACUGUGUAGUGAGGGGUAUGCAGUCAAAAUGAAGGCGAGACAGGCCAUCACAUGUGAAGAAAGGGUGAGCCCUGAGACUUGAUUUCCUUUAAAUUAAGAUACUGUUUUCUCAUGUGCAUAUAAAUGCAUAUUAAAGACUUGAACAGGCAUUCUCUUUAAACUUGAGGACUUUUCAUUUUUAAUACUGUCAUUUUUGCUUAAUAGUAAAUAUUUGCUUGCCUAAGUGACUCCCAAAUUGUGGGGGACUCUCCACGUGUCCCUUUUUUUAAAGUUUCAUGAUGAAAAGUGGUUAAGCACACAAAGCUGUUUUUGUUUGAUAUUUUGAGUUUUGUGACUGAGUUUAAAUGAAAUCUGUUAAACGUGUUAGAGUUAACAUUCUUCUUUUGGUAAUUCUGUUUGGAAUAAAGUUGUUUGUUUUUUUAA